UAAAUUAAGCUUAAAAUAUUUAUUAUAUUAAUAUAUCAUAUAUUUAUCAUGACUCUUAGUUAAUGAUUUAUAAAUUCAACAUUUUUCAUAAAUUCAAAAUGAAACAUUACUGACUACAGAUUUCUCAGGAAUUACUUUUUAUCUAAAAUAAUUUUUAAGCUUCUCAAUCAUGAAUAGUAAUUUUGACUAUGAUUGGGAUAAUGUAAACAGGAGGACAGUUCUUGAAGGAGUAUCUGCCUUGGAAAGGACUUCAGAUAGUCUCGCUAGGUCUCAUCAAAUAGCUAUAGAAACUGAAGAAGUUGGAACGACAAUAAUAACUGAGCUAGGAGAGCAAAGAGAAUCUCUUCUGCGCAGUAAAAAUAGACUUGUUCGUACAGAUGAAGAACUUUCAAAAACACAAAGGGCAUUAAAUUCAAUUAAGAAGAAUGUUUUAACGAAUAAACUUAUAUUGGUUUUGCUUAUUGUCUUGGAAACUGCUAUACUUUCUGGUCUUGUUUAUUUAAGGUUUCUUAGAUAACCAAUUAAUUUUAAUAUCUAAUUUGUAAGCAUAAUAUCAAUCACAAAUUUGCAAUUUUAUAUAAUGUGUUUGCGUUAUUUUUAUACUAAUAUACUAAUAAUAUAAUAAUAUAA